AUGUUCAUAUUUCUCUCUCUACCGUCAGGGAAUGAGGAACCUCGCUCAGAUAUCGAAAGAGAGACGUUAGCAACAUUCCAAUCACAGGCAAGCCAGGCUCUUAAACAGUUGAAUAGUUCGGAAUAUCGUUUGGGAUAUGGGAAUAUCACAGGAUACCAACUUUCAUACGAUGAUUACCUCAACCACAAGUCCGUGGCUGAUUGGCCUAUCCACAAAUUCAGUGAAAAGGAUCCCUGGACUGAAGAUCAAAAGUAUUCCAUAUUACCAAACGAAGUUACUGAUAAGGUGAAACAAUUCUGGGGCAGGGAUCAGGUGGAAAACAAUAGUGGAAGAGCGUACAUGUUGAAUAUUUCAGGUAGUGCACAUGGUGAGUUUGUCCCCGCCAAAUCUCAAGUGCAACCAGUAGUACAGAAGAUACCCAAGUAUUUGAGAAAGUAUUAUAAAGAAAGAACAAGCAAUGAGGAUAUGGGGUUGGAAAACGCAGAUACAGAAAUUGACCAAAAAAAGGAAGACGCCGAAUCACCUAAAAUUGGAAACAUAACUACACCCGGUUUGAUUGCGGUUGGAAUUAGAGCUUUCCAGUAUAAUUUCAAUGAACCCAAGUUUCAUGCCACCAACUCGAGCGACUACAUCCACGAUGCAGUUGUUGCAAAGGUCGAUUUGAACUUGAAGGACUAUUCAGAGGUCAACGAUUACACGAUUGAGAUGGACGCCGUGUAUUACCAAAGCACAGGUGCGUUGGUGGCCACAUCGAAUUCUGCCAAAUUCUAUGGAUCGUACGGAUUGAGUCAUUUAACUAUGAGUGAGGCCAAUUUUGCCACAGCAAAGAUAUUAAUGGGUCAAUACAACAGUAUGCGUGAUGACACUACGUUGUCAUUGGAUGAUAUGAAUGGAUCGAUUUUGAGGGCAUUUGACCAAUGUGAAAUGGUUGCGUUUAUGCAAUUUAACAAAACUGACUUCAACCACGAUGAAUUGAGAUAUAUUGAUACCGAGUUGAAAAGUCCCAGUGGGAAACCAUUACCACAAACUUUGCCAAAGUUGUCAAUCAAAGAGUUUGUUUUGUACUCACCCAAUUGCGGGAUCGUUUUGACGAAUAAACCGGGAUCUUCUUUUAGUGGAGAACGGGUUGAAGUUUGGUAUAAACAAGUAAGGCAUGUAUUGACUGGGCUUUUAGUCUUGGUCUCCAUCCAGUUAUAUCUCAUUUUCAACCAAGUGAAUGCGGCGAGAACCCCUGGACAAUUGUCUGUCAUCUCAAGCACGACUUUGUACUUUUUUGGCUUUGAGGAUUCGUUGUUGGCUAUAAUUACGUUGUUGUUGUCCACCAUCGCCACUGAUUUGUAUUUGUUACUAGCGUGUGUCGCCACUAUUGCAUUUAUCCUGUGUGGCGUGUUUGAAAUGCGGUUUUUGGUCAGUGUAUUGACCACACAAGCGAACGAACGUGGAACCACUUGGUGGGAAAUAAUGAGAGGCUCAAGAGAGGAGCCUGCGCCGCCCGAAAGUACUGCCUCACCGGUUGAGGAACCAGCGGAAGGUCCUCUUUUACCGGUAGCCAAUACACCCACACAACCACCCACACAACCACAACCACAGACACCAGAGGAGCCCAAUACUGCAUGGCAAGAAACGUCUUACAGCAAUUCUAUAUUUGCGUCCGGAUUUACCUUGUCCAUCAUUGCCAUGUUUCUCAUAUUUUCCUCCUUUGAUUGGAGACGCAAAUAUAGAAUCAUAUUUGAGUAUGUUUGCUUGGUACUCAUAAACUCGUACUGGGUGCCUCAAUUUUUGAGAAAUACACUCAAAAACAGGCGCAAUGCAUUCACAUGGCAAUUUAUUAUUGGAAGUAGUGUGAUCAGAGUAGUUCCGAUCUACUAUUUUGCAUUGUACAGAGAAAACCCAUUGAGACACAGAUAUGAUCCAUAUUUAUGUCUGGUUGUUACCGGUUGGGUCUUACUACAAUUAGUAUUGUUGGUGCUACAAUACAGAUUAGGUGCUAGGUUUUGGAUUAAUGAGAAGUGGUUACCACAAGCCUAUGAUUAUCACCGUAUAUUGAGUUUGAAGGACUUGGAAGAAGGUGGAAUAUCAAGUGAUUUGCUAGCCAGCUUCAAACAAAAAACAUCUGCUACCGAGUCAAACAACGAUGGAAGCUCUAAAGAGUUUGUCGAUUGUGAAUGCACCUGUCCAAUUUGUAUGACAGAUGUGACAGUUCCAAUAUUAGUCAAGGACGACAGUUCAAGCGAAGCAAAGAAAGCCAGACAAAAUCAUCAUCAUCAUCAUCACGCAGGAGCUGCACAGACGGAGUAUAUGAUUACUCCCUGUCAUCAUAUCUUCCAUGCUGACUGUCUUGAGAGUUGGAUGAAGUAUAAAUUGCAAUGUCCUGUAUGCAGAACUAGUUUGCCUCCAGUAUAG